AUGAAGAGUGUCAUCAACAACCGCUCUCACCUGGCCUCCAUGCCCUACACACACUGCCGAACACGUAUAAUUGACCUCCAGGACCUCAACAUCCCUGAACACGCAACUGAUGAAGAAUACCGCGCCAUGUACGUCAAAUACACCCUCCGGCCACAGCACAGCAAAAUCGAGAAUGCGACUUUGCUCCGGGAUGCUGUCGAAUCCAUAAAACACGGAAUUGCGCCCCCAGUAGCCUUUCCCACGGAAACAGUGUACGGCCUAGGCGCAGACGCGACCAAUGAACCCGCUGUUUCAGGAAUCUUUGCCGCCAAAGGCCGCCCAAGCGAUAACCCCUUGAUUGUUCAUGUCUCGAGUAUCGAACAUUUGGAGCGGAUUACGGGGGUGCCAUUACCGGAAAUCUACGUGCCAGUGGCGGAGAGAUUUUGGCCUGGACCUCUGACGAUUCUCCUCCCGGUGCCAUCAUCUGGAAUCUUUGCGAGAAACGUGCACCCCUUCCAGUCGACCAUUGGAUUCCGCAUCCCAUCGUCAAAAUACGCCCGCUUCUUCAUCGCGGCCACGGGCAGACCGAUUGCAGGACCAAGUGCGAAUUCUUCCGGGAAGCCAAGUCCCACGACAGCGCAACAUGUCUUGGACGAUUUGAAGGGCAAAAUCAAUUUCAUCUUGGAUGGAGGAGGUUGCGAGGUGGGUGUGGAGAGUACAGUCGUGGAUGGGUUACAUGAUCCGCCGCUGAUCUUGAGACCGGGAGGCGUCAGCUUGGAGGAGCUGAGAAGUCUUGGAGGAGAAAUGGGUAACAAAUGGGCGAGGACGGCGAUCGGGUACAAAAGACAUUCUGGAGGGACGACGGACGGCCAAGGGAAGGAUGGCUUAAACACGACCACGGGCGUCUCGACGCCAUCCUCCAUGGACGAAUCUGCUGUUGGAGUCUCGGUAUCUUCGGGAAACGCGAGCGUGGCUCAUUUUGACGGCACCGUUAGCUACGAGGACGAUGUCAACGGUGCACCUCGCGCUCCCGGUAUGAAGUACAGGCACUACUCUCCAGUGGGGCGGUUGGUCCUGUUCUCCGAGGAGGCCGUGCGGAAUGGUCGCGUGCCAGACAAGCUGGAUGAGUUGGUUGGCAAUUGGCAGUCGGGCCCCGACAUGGAUGGACGAGACAAGCCCCAUGGGGUCAAGGGUGGAGUUAUUUCCUGCCACUGGCCACCCUUUGCCGGACUGCCAGUCAAGGGGAUCUCGUCGACCACCUCACCCCUGAACAACGCCAGGGGUACCGCGCCGCCCUCUGGAUUACCUCAUGUCCCAGACGCAAUCUCCAACUCUGCUUAUGCGCCAAUCACCUCGAUUGCGACAAUAACUGCUGCCAAAACCACCAGCGUCACGUUGUACAACGUCCAACUUGGACCCGACGUUUCCACCCUGGCACACUCGCUCUUCGGCGUCUUGAGGCUAUUUGACGAGUUGGGCUGCGCCUUCAUCUUCGCAGAGACGGUGCAGCGAACCGCGGCCCUGACAAACGGUCAAGAAUCGACCGGAAACCAAGAACCCAGCCACACGCGCCGGGAUCUUGAAGACGCGGUGGUUGAUCGGAUCGAAAAGGCCGCUGCCGAGAGGGUGGAUUGA